UCCCAAAUAUAUAAAGUCCGUUCAUCGACGGGGCUGACACUCUCCCACUCCUUCAUCCUCGCCCUCCUUGACACACCCGUCAAUUCUCGUUCCAAAAGUGCCCAAGACACUAUAGAUAUCUUCUGUAGGGCUUUCCCCUCCUCCCCCCUCUCCAUCGUUUCCCAUGUCCGCGUCAAACGUGGCCAAGGAGCCCGGUCCACAAGGCGAAGAGUCGCCCGUUGUCCGCUCACCCUCUCCCGAAGAAAAGAAGAAAAGAGAGUACAAGGAAUUCGGCCAUGACGAAGAGAAACCAACUCACGCAAAUGUCGACAUGUCUUUGAUUGAGUUGAAAGCGGAAGACCUCUACGAUAAAGAAAAGGUUGACCUCGAGACCAUCGUUAUUGAAGAUGUCUUCAAGCUCCUUCAAUGUAGCGAGGAAGGUCUCAAUGAUGAAGAGGCACAGCGUCGUAUCGAACUCUUCGGUCCCAACAAGCUUGAGCAGGAAGAACAAAAUGCGUUCUUACAGUUCUUGAGUUUCAUGUGGAAUCCCUUAUCCUGGGUCAUGGAGGGAGCUGCACUAGUCGCCAUUGUAUUAUCAAACGGUAAUAAUCAACCACCAGACUGGGAGGAUUUCAUCGGUAUCGUCCUUCUCCUUUUCAUCAACUCCGCCAUCGGUUUCUAUGAAGAGCGUAACGCUGGUAAUGCCGUCAAGGCACUUAUGGAUUCCCUCGCUCCCAAAGCAAAAGUCAGACGUAACGGCUCCUGGUUGGAAAUCGAAUCUUCAGGACUUGUUCCCGGUGACAUGAUCUCGUUCAAGAUCGGUGACAUUGUUCCCGCAGACUGUCGUUUGACGGAAGCCAUCAACGUCUCCAUUGACCAGGCUGCCCUUACGGGCGAGUCUCUUCCUCAGAGCAAGAAGUUGGGUGAUCAGUGCUUCUCGGGUUCGACGUGUAAGCAGGGUGAGGCGGAAGGUGUCGUAAUCUCCACUGGCGCCAACACUUUCUUCGGACGGGCUGCUUCUCUUGUGGGCCAAGACGAUGACACUACGGGUCAUUUGCAGAAGAUUCUUGCCCAGAUUGGUUCAUUCUGCUUGGUAUCGAUCGGAAUCUUUGUGCUCGCAGAGAUUCUUGUGCUCUAUGCGGGCUUCCGCUACAGCUACCGUCGUGGUCUCAACAAUAUCUUGGUGCUCUUGAUCGGUGGUAUCCCCAUUGCCAUGCCAACUGUCUUAUCCGUCACUCUUGCCGUGGGUGCCCAACAAUUGGCCAAGCACAAAGCCAUUGUUACCCGUAUCACCGCCAUCGAAGAGUUGGCCGGUGUUACCAUCCUUUGCUCCGACAAGACGGGUACGCUGACCACCAACAAACUUACCAUCGAUCGGGCCACCAUUCGCACAUACGGGCCCUUCUCUGCCGAUGAUGUCAUGCUCCUUGCCGCCUACGCUUCUCGUACCGAGAAUCAGGAUGCUAUUGAUUCGGCUGUUGUUCAGGCUCUCGGUGACUGUUUCACGUGCAUCCCCUUCAACCCCGUUGACAAACGCACGGAGAUCACUUACCGUGAAGAGUCGUCCGGCAUGUUGAAGCGCGUUACCAAGGGUAUGACUGGUAUCAUCAUCGAACUUUGCUCGCGCAACAAGACCGAGGAGCUUGAGAAUAGACUUGAAGCUGAUGUUGAGGAAUUCGCUACGCGUGGUCUUCGUGCCCUCGCUGUUGCAUACGAGGAGCUCGAUGGCCAAGACCCAGAAGGUGAAGGUAACGGUCUCGAGCUUAUUGGUCUUCUUGCCAUCUUCGAUCCCCCUCGUGAAGACACCAAGCAGACCAUCGAUGAUGCUCUUGCUCUCGGCGUGAAGGUGAAGAUGGUUACCGGUGACCAGCUUGCAAUUGCGAAGGAGACUGGUCGUCGUCUUGGUCUCGGUGACCACAUGUAUCCCGCCAAGGUUCUCAAGGACGGCCCCGCUCCUGGUGGCAAACACUUGUCACUUGAUGAGAUGAUUUUGGAUGCCGAUGGUUUCGCUGGUGUGUUCCCUGAGCACAAAUAUGAGAUCGUCAAGCGUCUCCAGGGUCUUGGUCACCUGUGUGCCAUGACUGGUGAUGGUGCCAAUGACGCUCCCGCUCUUUCCCGUGCCAAUGUUGGUAUUGCUGUUGAGGGUGCCACAGACGCUGCUCGUGGUGCUGCUGAUAUCGUGCUGACCGAGCCCGGUCUUUCCACCAUCGUCCACGCUAUUCGCGGUUCGCGUGUCAUCUUCCAGCGUAUGCGCAACUACUCCAUAUACGCUUGCGCUGUCACCAUCCGUAUUGUUGUAUGCUUCGCGAUCCUUGCCUUCGCGUUCAAGUUCGACUUCCCUCCCUUCAUGGUCCUGAUCAUUGCCCUGCUGAAUGACGGUACUAUCAUGACACUCUCAGUUGACCGUGUUCUGCCCUCAAUGACACCUGACUCAUGGGACCUCGCUGAGAUCUUCGCGUAUGCCGUCGCUUAUGGUAUCUAUUUGACCGCGUCGACUGUGGCUCUGGUCACUAUCAUCCUGGAGACUACGUUCUUCUAUGACAAAUUCGGUGUCACCUUCAAUGGGAAUCCGUCUCCUUCUGGUUCCAAUGAUUAUCAACUCCACAUGAUCGUCUACCUCCAGGUUGCUAUCAUCUCGCAAGCGUUGAUCUUCGUCACCCGUUCGCACGGUUUCUUCUUCAUGGAGCGCCCUUCUGUUGCUCUCUUCGGAGCAUUCUGCGUUGCGCAGCUUGUGUCUUCAAUUAUCGCCGCCUACGCCAAUUUCGGCUUCACGCAGAUCCAGGCGAUAUCAGGUGGAUGGAUUGGUAUUGUGUGGGUUUGGAAUAUCGUUUGGUUUGCCCCUCUCGACUGGAUCAAAUUCGCCAUGAAGGCCACUGUUAUCAAGAAGCUUCGCCAACGUCACGAGGCAGCACAAGCAGCACAGGCCAUCACUGGUGUCCCCAUCACUCGCACCCAAUCUCGCGCUGCUUCGAUCCACGAAUCGUUAUACUCGAACCGUGUGUCAUUUAUCCGCCGUGCUGCUCGCAAAGUCGGCUUCGGAUCCAAGAUUACGAUGAAGCCCGAGGAGCUUCAACGCUUCAGCAGUAUUCAAGCACAACGUACGGGUGCGACACUCGCUCGCAAUCCCAGUCGCACCGCUGCUGCAUAGAUUUUGUGAGUUGUAGAAAGGGAACGAGUGUUUCGAGAUCACCCGCAGCAAAGCAAAACACAUGGAACGAUGUCACCUGUAAUCUAAUAGAUAUUAUCAAGGCCCGCCGUCUCGCAUGUGGUGUCAUCCCUCUCUUUGCCUAUUCCUACUCAUUUCAUGUCACCAUCACACGUACAUAUAUACGCAUGGCAUUGGAUCUGGAUACCUCGUGCCUGUUUCGUCGGUUGCUCUUGGUUUGAUUUUCUGUGGUUCAGGCCAUCUGACGUGUUUACUCUUUCCGACUUUCGACACCCACACUCUUUUUUGCCGCUCUUCUCUAUAACUAAUGAUUGAUCGCUCAAGCAGUAGUGGGCCAUUUAAUAAGUGCCACUCAUGUAUAGAUUCCUGCGUUUGAUGUUAUGAUCCAAGAAAUGUCCACACAGUACAUAUGUAUUUCGUAAUUACAAUUUAAAGACAGAUGUCGUUUCAUCGC